GAAUUAAAUAACGCCAAGAAUUACUGUCGUAAUCCCAAGAACUCAGGACAAAGACCUUGGUGUUUUACUACAGAUAGGAAGAAGAGAUGGGAGUAUACUGUGAUAUACCUAAAUGUACACCAGUUCAUGGAAAUUAUGGCAACUGGUCAUUGAGCAGUGUGUGUAAUGUAACUUGUGGUGAAGGUUUUGAAACAUGGACACGAGAUUGUGACAAUCCUGAGCCGAUGUUUGGUGGAAGAAACUGUAGUCAACUAGGAGAAGCCAUUGAGUAUAGACCAUGUCAGACAAAGCCAUGUCCUGUUAACGGUGGUUACACCAGCUGGAGUUUGGAUGUCCCAUGCAAUGUUUCGUGCGGUGAAGGAAUGGAAAUAUGGCGACGUACUUGUGAUAAUCCAGAACCAAAAUACGAAGGAAAUAAUUGCAGUCAGCUUGGAAAGUCAAUCGAUUUAAAGAAAUGUACAAAAAAACUAUGUCCAGUCGAUGGUAACUAUGGCAACUGGACAAGAUUGUCGCCAUGUAGUGUCACGUGUGGUCAGGGUGUUGAAAUCUGGGGACGAAACUGUGAUAACCCCCCGGGAAAAUACGGUGGAAACUGCAGUAAGCACGGAGUGGAUUAUGAAAAUCGACUGUGCGCGAAGAAACCUUGCCAGGUUGUCUCCCACACUAAGACGAUUGGUUUCAUCGUUGCUGCUACCUUUGUCAUAGUCGUGAUAAUCCUAAGCUUAUCUUUCUUUCGUCCCAAACGACGUGGAAAAACAGAAAUCCGUGGUCAACAUCAACCUCAGGAAAACGGUGAACUACUUCCCCGUGUGGCUUUUGUUCCUUCUAAUGAAAGAAGUUCGUCACAAGAGACUGGUACUGGUGUUGUUUAUCAAAACUUGACAACUGAUGGAGACCCAAUUCCAGGCCAUUCGCGUGGUGUUGUAAAUGACGAAGGAGAUUACGGCAAUACAGGACCUUCGGCAAGCUCAUGGUAUGAUAGACUACAGCUUUUCCGACCAUUAGCUAUUGAUUGGCUACGAAAUGCGUGGGGGAAUGUUGACGAGGAAGGUCACCAUGUUUAUGACGUCACGCAACGUGUCAGACAGGUUUUUGUUCCAUACGACAAGUUGGGAAACACCGCGAAAGUUGACUCGACCAGAAGAGUGGAAACAAGUGAUUCCACUUAUGAUAGACCUGAAAGACCCCCAGUGGUUACAGGUCAGUGUCUUGGGGAGACAGCUGAGACGUUCGAAAUUACUUGAAAUAUUGAAACGAGAAUCGUUGCGUCUUAUUUUUAAUAAUUCUUAUAAGUAACUACGUUAAUUUAGCUUCUGGACUAACUAGUGAACAUGAUUGUUGUAAAAACAUUUACUGUAUCUCUCCGGCUUUGCGAUUCCAGUGCGAUUUCAACUCACUUUGCAUGAGUUUAUAUUUGUGUUUAUAUUGAAGUAAAUAUUUAUUACCCGGCAAUCACGUUUCAUGACAUAGUCGUUCCUAUUUUUGCUGCUGUUAAAGGUUUUGUAUUUCAACUGAGGGAGAUAACUAAUGUCUUGUGUUCUGUGAGCAAUAACGAUGAAUCAUUUUGGAAGGAAUGUUUCUGUCAUUCCAAUCACACAUGCUUCACUGGUUUCCUUAAUUGCCGCUCAACGAAAUCGGUCAUAAUUG